CCUCCUCCCUGACUCAUCCGGCCAUUCCCGAGGCUGGCCCAGCCCCAGCCCCCUUCUCACGCUGCCACGGGGCCGCAUCCUGGGGAUUGUUUUCCGGGCAGGCAGGCGGGAGAGGCCGGGAGCCGCUCCAAGGGCCAUCCAUCACUCCCAAGCAGCCAAGCCCGUCCCGAUGAAAGGAGGAUGGACAUGUCCCUGGCAGGGGGGGGCCCUGGAGGCUGCCAACCCCCUCCCCGCACACCCACCCACUGCGGCUGCGUGCGGCCGCCCCAAGCCCGGGCAAGUUUCUCGUCCCUUCCCCGGGGCUGCCGCAAUUUCCAUUAAUAGCCAGCUGAGCAGCCCAGCAGGCUAAAAAUAACCCCGGGCCCUCUUCAUAAGGCCCCGCCGGCCUCCCCCCCCGGCAGCCCCACACGCCAUGGCCGAGCGCCGCGUCCCCUUCACCUUCCUGCGCAGCCCCAGCUGGGACCCCUUCCGCGACUGGUACCAUGGCAGCCGCCUCUUCGACCAGUCCUUCGGGAUGCCCCACAUCCCCGAGGAUUGGUACAAGUGGCCCAGCGGCAGCGCCUGGCCCGGGUAUUUCCGCCUGCUGCCCCGGGAGAGCGCCCUGAUGCCGGCGCCCGGCUCGCCCCUCGGGCAGGCGCUGAGCCGGCAGCUCAGCAGCGGCAUCUCCGAGAUCCGCCAGACCGCCGACAGCUGGAAGGUCACCUUGGACGUCAACCACUUCGCACCCGAGGAGCUGGUGGUCAAGACCAAGGAUAACAUCGUGGAGAUAACCGGCAAACACGAGGAGAAGCAGGAUGAACACGGCUUCAUCUCCAGGUGCUUCACCCGAAAAUACACCCUUCCCCCUGGCGUCGAAGCCACGGCCGUGCGGUCCUCGCUGUCUCCCGAUGGAAUGCUGACGGUGGAGGCUCCCCUGCCCAAACCUGCCAUCCAGUCUGCCGAAAUCACCAUCCCCGUCACCGUGGAGAGCCAGGCCAAGGAGCCGGCCAAGAAGUAGGCGGCACCGAGGAGGAGGAGGAGGAGGAAGAGGAGAAGCCGCCGCUGCCCCCCGCCCCCAGCUGCUCCCUCACGCCCACCCCCUUUUUACUGUUGAUUUUGUACUCGCCCUGCCACUGAGUGCCUUGAAUAAAUGUGAAGGAACCGAGAGAAUCAGCCGGAAUAAAAGCUGGUGAAAGAAA